AUGAAUCAUUCAUAUGAAGUAGCAGAAGAAGAAUGUAGAGAUGAUUUGAUGAAUGUUGAUCUCUCAUAUGAAGAAGCUUUUGAUGAAAAUGAAGCUGGAACUCAUUCUUCUAUCAAUCAGAUAAACAACCAUGUUGAUAUCUCUCCAAAUGAGAUAAUAGUCUCUACAAAUGUUAUUUAUCGGAUUUGGAGACAGAUUAUUGAAACAGGUGAUGCAUGCCACAAGAAAACAAAAAAUUAUGGUCGUAAAAGAGUUGAGAUAGACUUUGAAAAAAUUCGUGAUAUUUCGUUACCUAAGCGUAGCACUUUUCAAUCUUUAGCAAAAGCUUUAGGUAUUAGAAGCAAGUCAAUAUUGGAAAAAUAUGUGUCUGAAGGUGUAUUGCGUAAACAUUCAAGUGCGUUGAAGCCACAUAUGAAGGAUGAUAAUAUGAAACAAUGUCUUAGAUUAUGCUUGAGCAUGCUUGAGGAAAGUAGCAUUCCUCAUGAUCCAAUUUUUAAAUCCAUGCAUAACAUUGUGCACAUAGAUGAAAAAUGGUUCUAUAUGUCAAAAAAUUCAACAAAUUAUUACCUUCUUGCAAAUGAGGAUGAUCCAUAUAGGACUUGCAGAAACAAAAAUUAUAUUCAAAAGGUGGCUAGACCCAGAUUUGAUGAUGAAGAUAAUGUGACAUUCACUGGAAAAAUUGGUGUGUUUCCACUAGUUGAUAAAGUGCCAGCAAAAAGGUCAAGUGUCAAUCGAACAACAGGGACACUUGAAACAAAACCAAUUACUUCUAUCACCAAAGAGGUCAGUCGAAUGUUUUUAAUAAACAAGAUCUUAGCAGCCAUCAAAGAAAAAUGGCCACGAGAGCAUGCAUGUGAGACCAUUUUUAUUCAGCAAGAUAAUGCACCGUGUCAUGUUUCUUUAGAUGAUGAAGAAUUUCGUGGAGCAGCUUCUGAAGGAGGCUUCGACAUUCGUUUGACUUGUCAACCACCUAAUUCUCCCGAUUUAAAUGUUUUGGAUUUAGGUUUUUUCAGUGCCAUACAAUCAUUGCAACAAAAAGAAGUGGUUAAUUCAGUUGAUGAGCUUAUUCAAGUCGUGGAAAAUGCUUAUGAGUCUUUUGAUAUUAAAAGUUCAAACAAGAUUUUCCUCACACUUCAAUCAUGUAUGGUUGAAAUAAUGAAGAAGAAAGGAUCAAAUAAUUAUAAACUUCCUCAUAUGAAAAAAGAUGCAUUGUUUGCUCAAGGAAGGCUACCCACUCAACUCAAAUGUGAUAGAGAAUUAGUUCAAAAAACUUAUGAAUAUUUACAUUAUAUUGGCUAA